GCACACUGGCACUGACAAUAAAAAAACUGGUGGUAAAAAAUUUUCAACAAGAAGCUUACAGUGUGGUUUCUUAUCUCUUAUUAUUAUUAUAAGAAGUUGACACUUGUUCUUGCAUUGCAUUUGACUGUGUAGUUGUUACUGUUGUUGUUGCUACAAUUGCAGAAUGCCCCCCAAGAAGAACAAGAAACCAAGUCGAAACGGCUUUUGGGAGUUCGUUUUGGAUUGUCGGAAUAAACACCCAAAUAAGACAAAUAUGCAGGAAAUACAAGAAUAUGCUGCCAGAAAAUGGACGUCCAUGUCAGCUGAAGAAAAACACCCUUAUGAAGAACGUGCCUCGCGAGCUCGCGACAUGCACAGCUCUGCAAGAUACACAACAGAUGGUGUUGAUAUUGAAGUGGUUGAGAGAAAAGAACAAGAAAAAGCAAACAAGAAGCAGGAAAUGAAGGAUGAUAUUACGCGAACAUUGAAAGCAGCAAAUUUUGCUAUGAAUCUCGACGAAAAAAUCUUUUUGAUCAUUCAUGUUAAUCAUCUGACGUAUUAUCCUUCUGAGGAUAAAUAUUUUAUCUGUGAACUGGCCGUAGCUGCUGUAAGUCUUAAAAGUGGAAUAGAGGAUGUGUUCCACAGAAUUGUCAAACCAGGAAAACUGCCGUUGGGAUUUUAUGGAGGAGCCUUGAAUCAUUCAAAGGAAACUCAUCAAUUGCUUGAAAUUGUUCAGGAUGAACCAUAUGAGAAUAAUACUCAUGAAGUUUUUACUGAAUUGACCUAUUUUUUGAAAAAAUGGACAGGCAAAGAAAAUCAAUUCAUCGUCUAUGCUGAUGAAAAAACACAUGAAAUGACAACAAGAGUUAUCGGAAAUUUUUGUCAAGAAUUUAAUUACUCUGGUGAAAUUAAAGUGUACAAUUCUCAGUUCUUAUUUUUUGCUUUGAGAAACGCAGUUGCUGGGCGAACCAUCUGGCCUACAGAAACUUACAGUAUUACAGAACUGGAGAAGGACAUCUACAGCUACACACCUGAUAUUUCAUGCGAUUUUCAUGAAAUGUCAGAUAUUUCCGUUUACUGUAGCAAGUCAAUUGUUACCAGAUACUGUUACACACUUUGUGAUCAUUGCUGUGCUGACUUAAACAUUCAACUAGUGCCAGGCUUUCAUGUUCCUAAAAAUUCCAGAAUCCUUACAUAUCCGAGCAGAACUAAUUCCAAAGCCCCGUCAGUCUGCAGUACUGAUGAUUAUCGCCAGGCGGCAAGAAGUAGAAUUGGCUCAUUUAGUUCAAGUUAUGAUGGAAAUUUCCCAGCAUUAGGAAGCAGCAAAUCCAGCGCUUCUUCUGUCGUCAGUUUUUCUUCAAUGAGGACUCCCAAAAAUGCGGGACAACCAAAUAAAGCCGCAACCCGAAUUGAACAAUCAUUUAAAGCAAUGUCUGUGGGCGAAGCAAAGCGUGAUUAUCGUAAACUGAAUUUCCCAGAACAUGGAUAUAAAAAACAAGAGAAAUAAAAAAUGAAAUGAAUUUUUGUUUUUUAGAUUAGACAGAUAAUUUUUCUUUUUGAGUAAUAUGUUAAUUUUCGAAUUGUUAGCGUUAUUGAAGUUUUUGUUAUGUUUUGAAAUAUUUACGUCAUAACGUUAUAAUAUCUUUAAAUAUAAUAGAGCAUUCCCUGGAUGAUACACUGGGAAUUUCAUUUGAAUUAGAUUUAAUCAGAUACAUAUUUUUCUAUGUGAACAAAUUUACUUGAAAUAAAGAAUUGUCAUUAAAAGAA